GUCUCUGAAGAUGGUUGGUAAAGAGUCGGGCGGGGUAAGGGGCCGUAGGGUUGGGGUUGGGGAGAAGGCUUUAGUGUCUUCUCGCCCGAAGGGUCCUUGAGACGCCUGUUUGUUUUUCCCGGCGCCUGGCUCCACCCAUACAGCUCACCUAUUGGCCAAAUUGGGUGGGUGGGUGGGUUCCUAUUGGCCAGGGGGCGGUGUCUAUCCUGAGCAAGGGUGGGGGCGGGGUUUCCUCAGAGCUGUGCUUGCCCUUGUGUCUGGUGCUGGAUAAGAGAGAGAGAGACACACAGAGACAGAGACUGGCAGAAAGCAAGGGCUGCUGCCGCUGCCGCUAUUGCUGGAGCCUGAGCAUCUCCUGAGCUGCUGCUGCUGCUGCUGCUGCUGCUGCCGCCGCCGCCGCCGCCGCCGUCUCCACCGCCACUGCCGCCACCGCCACAGCCACAGCCACCGCCACCUCCGCCGCCGCCGCCGCCGCCGCCGCCUCCACCACCACCACCGGCCCCACUGCUGCCUCCUUGCGUGGACCCAGGGACAGAGCCAGUGACAGCGGCGGGCGGCUGCUGGCUUUCUGCUGCUUCUCUCUCCUGUUUCCCUUUCCCGAGUCUGACCUAUCUGCUGGUUCCUUGCAGCCCUCGCCCUCAUCUUCCCCCACAUCUCGGAAUCCCUGCACCACCUGCUCUGACAGCCCCAGCUCUGGGACUUCCCCUGCACCCCAAUUGGAAAGGCAACACUGAACCCCUGGUUGAAAAGAGGCGCUGCUGAGGCUGCACCAACAGGAGAAGGUGGUGGAGGAAGAGAAGAAACUAUUUCACCCAUUGAAAUUCCCAUCCUGCUGGUGCUUCACUACUGCUGUUGCUGCUGCCGCUGCUGCUGCUGCUGUUGCUGCUGCUGCUGCUGCUGCUGCUGCUGAUCCUUUCCCCGGGGUUCAAGCACUGCAGCGGCGGUGGCGGCUGGUCCUGGACCGGGAGAAGGGAACCAGAGGAGCUUUUCACUUUUGUGCCCCCUUCACCAACACCUCCUGUCCUCCCCUUACCCCCUCCCAAGCCCUUUAGAGAGGGGAUCAUGAUUUGGAAACGAAGCGCCGUUCUCCGCUUCUACAGUGUCUGCGGGCUUCUGCUACAAGCGGCUGCUUCCAAGAACAAAGUCAAAGGCAGCCAAGGGCAGUUUCCACUGACUCAGAAUGUGACAGUUGUGGAAGGCGGAACAGCAAAUUUGACCUGUAGGGUUGAUCAAAAUGAUAACACCUCCCUCCAGUGGUCAAAUCCAGCUCAACAGACUCUGUACUUCGAUGACAAGAAAGCUCUGAGGGACAAUCGGAUUGAGCUGGUUCGAGCUUCCUGGCAUGAACUGAGCAUCAGCGUCAGCGAUGUGUCUCUCUCAGACGAAGGACAAUACACCUGCUCUUUAUUUACUAUGCCUGUCAAGACUUCCAAGGCUUUCCUCACUGUGCUGGGUGUUCCUGAGAAGCCUCAGAUUAGUGGAUUUUCAUCACCAGUUAUGGAGGGAGACUUGAUGCAACUGACUUGCAAAACUUCCGGAAGUAAACCUGCAGCUGAUAUCAGAUGGUUUAAGAAUGAUAAAGAGAUUAAAGAUGUCAAAUACUUAAAAGAAGAGGAUGCAAAUCGCAAGACUUUCACUGUCAGCAGUACCCUUGAUUUCCGAGUGGAUCGAAAUGAUGAUGGUGUAAAAGUAAUUUGCAGAGUUGACCAUGAAUCUCUGAACUCCACACCUCAGGUAGCGAUGCAGGUCCUAGAAAUCCACUAUACACCAUCGGUUAAGAUUAUACCUUCUACUCCAUUUCCACAAGAAGGACAGCCAUUAGUUUUGACUUGUGAAUCCAAAGGAAAACCCUUGCCAGAACCAGUUUUGUGGACAAAGGACGGUGGAGAAUUACCAGAUCCAGACCGAAUGGUUGUGAGUGGUAGGGAGCUAAAUAUUAUUUUCCUAAACAAAACGGAUAAUGGUACAUAUCGAUGUGAAGCAACAAACACUAUUGGCCAAAGCAGCGCAGAAUAUGUCCUGAUUGUACAUGAUCCUAACGCUCUGGCUGGACAGACGGGCCCUGACCACGCUCUCAUAGGAGGGAUAGUGGCUGUUGUGGUGUUUGUCACACUGUGCUCCAUAUUUCUGCUUGGUCGCUAUCUGGCAAGACAUAAAGGAACGUAUUUAACGAACGAAGCUAAAGGAGCUGAAGACGCACCGGAUGCGGACACAGCGAUCAUCAAUGCCGAAGGCAGCCAAGUCAACGCAGAAGAGAAAAAGGAGUAUUUCAUCUAGACGCAGACCUAGAUUUGGGGUUUCCCUCUCGGGCUGACUGCUGGAGAACACUGGCUGCCACCUUUCAGAAUCAUGUCUGCCAUCUUCUCCCCUUAUUAACCUCCAUGCCGUACUGCUCCCCAUAGCCAGUUUAUGCCAACAAUCGGCUUUCUUUGCCACCUCUCUUUAACCGCCCCCAUCCAUAAUGCAGGCCAUCCCUCAUUGCCUAAAACCCAUGUUUGCUCUCCUAACAUACAGUGCUUGAAUAUACAGCCUUAACGCCGUUAACCCUCCUCCGAGCCCUGCCACCGAGUUCUUUUCUGCAUUAACCCUAAUGUACGCAGGCUUUUCUUCUGCCGUUUCUUCCUUACUCACAGCCCUUUAUCCGCGUCCACCACUCUCUGAGGCGAAGGCCUCGCGUGCUCAAGUUCAAUCUAAGGGUAGAGGUUUACAAGGAAUGCUUUGUACGCGUCUCUGCUUCCAAGACAAGUCUGGAAAGACGCCCCAGAAAAGCCACUGUAGGGCAGCCUCUAGGAUGCCCCGACUCAGUGGCGGAGCCGUACCAAGCUGCUAUUGGCCGAGGAGCGCUUGGUACCGGAGCCCUGGGCUUGGGGGGUCCCCAUCCCCUGCUGUCUAUCCGUAGACGCUGCAUUAGCUUACUGUAGUUUCAUUGACAAAUAAAUUUCUCCAACACGGUCACUGCUUUGGGGAUCACAAAGAUUAGGUAUGUUUCGGUAUUUUUUCAUAAUUUAUUUGCUCCACAAGGACUCACCUGCCUACACAGAUUGGACGUAUUCAUAGGGCACAAUUUCAAGACAUUUUAGUAUCUGUAUAUAGUGCAUAUAAUAAAUCCAAUUAAACCUUAUUUGAUACAUAUUUAACUUUUGGGGCUGUAGGUAAGUCAGUCACAAGUAAGCAUUUUCUAACGUCCAUUCUAUCCCUUUAGAUAUGACUUAAACCAAUAUUAUAAGUAGAUAACAUGUAUUAGUAUUUUUGUCUGUAUGUCCUAGCACUGUUCAACAGCAAAUUUUUUCUAGUUCUUGUUAAUUUUUUUAUUUGUUAUACAAUGGAAGCACAAUGUUAUAAGGAAAGGUAAUUUUAAGCUAACAACCAGUGCACAGCCUCAGGUUUUAAAUGACAACCACAUUUGAUGAAUAUCCUAAAGAAGAAACUCUUAAGUUUGCUAAAUAAAAAUUUAAGAAAAUCUCAAUUUUUUAAAAAUUUGGCAGUUUCACAGCUGCUUUACCUAUCUUGAUUUGCCAAAAACAAACGGAAAAACAAGCAUUAAGAUAGAUGUUUUGUGUAAAAAUGGACUAAUUAUUUAUAUUAAAUUCCUGUCUAUGCAUUUUGUGAGGUACAAACUUAUUCACAGCGAGUAAAAGAGAAUUUCUGCCAUGUUUUUAGCUUCCCAGAGAAAGUUUCUCUCUCUCUGGAUUAGUUCUGAAGUUUUGGUAUAAUUAACCAUUACAGAAAUUUCAUGACUCUUCUACAUGUCAACAACAACAAAACAAUGAAUGGAACACUUUUACUCAAAGAGCUAACGGUCUCUCUGUGAUCUGUUACACUACUACUAGAUCAGGUCUCAGUAUUUAUUUCACGCUAAAGAAUGAAAACCAUGACUGAUUAAUGUUACUCUCCCUUUUCCAAGUGUUGCACCUUUAAGGGGAAAAAUGGUCUACUUGUAAAGUUGAAAGUCAUGAUGGCCGAUGGUGAAACAAAUCUCUCGGGAUUGAUUUUUGGGGUAGGGGAAUGUUUGAGUACAUCAUGUAUUACUAUCAAAUGAAAGGCAAAGAAAGGUGCUGUAUCUUAGAUUAUUUAUCAAAAAGUAUAACUCUUUUAAGGACAAUGUUAGAAUUCUAAAACUUUUUGUUGAAACAUUUAUCUUGUUGAUUUCUUUUAAAAAAAGAAAAACGACGAUGUCAGUCAAGCAGCACUUUUUCAAAAUAUACAGAACAUAAAUAAUAUGAUGUGGUUGAGUGUUAACAUAAUAAAUCAUAUACAGUAUGACAUUUUAAAGAAAUAAGUCUGCAUUGAUGUGAUUGCAUGCUUGUUUUUACAAUUCACUCCAUACCAUCUGUGAAAAAUGCAAUAAUAUGUUAAUAUAGUAUGGUAGUUUGAGAGAACCAGGUAGGUGCUACUAGACACAUUGAAACUAGUAUAGGUUUACAAAAUGUUCAUGUCUUUCAAAGCGGAGUCUUUAAAAAGACAAACACAAAGCAAAAUUCAUCCUGUUUAGUAUGGAACAGAAAAUUCUGACUACAACAAUAAGUUGUGUAAACUGCAUCAUCAAAUACUAUUUUAAACUUAAUUUCAGGAUGCAUUUACAAAAUUGGUACUUUUCAUUGAUACUGUGUUUACAUCCCUCUUCAUUCCAUCUAAAUCUGACUUGGCUCAAACUGCUGAAUUGUUGCUUAAAUAAUUCAAAUAGUAUUUAUAGCAGUGUAAAAAAAAAUGCAAAAUUUGGAGCAUUUUGAGAUUUUGGACUCUUUUAACCCUUCCCCACAGUCAUGUAAUAUCCACAGUGGAAUCUGGGAGGGGGAUAGGGGAAGAAAAAUGAAUCAAAAGGCAAAACUAAUAUUGGGGGCACUAAUUAUAUAUUUCAGCAAUUAGUUAUUGCUAGAGUUCAACGAAGAAUACUUUCAGUUUCUUUUUAGCAAAAAACAACUAAUGAGCAAAAUUAUCAUUUUUCUGACUUCUCAGAAAAGUUCCUUUUUCAUUUUCCCUGAGAUAAAAAGUUCCACUCUAAAUAGUCUGCCCACCUUUGUUCACCCCAAUCAGAUAGAUGUGGGAAGCCAAACCAUGCUGAUUAGAAUGUUUGGGCUAUACACACUAAUAAAGAGCGAGUCAAAUUCUGUCUCGGCUAGGUGAGCACAGUCAUUACAGGACUCGGUGAAAGAAGUGCACACAUACCCAAAGGUAGAAUUAUGGCACAUUGUUCUUUGCUCAAAAGAAAGUAGCUAAUCUCUGCCAGUGUACUGUUUACAGUGUCCAUCUCUUCUUCCUCAUCUAAAAUUGUCCAAGCAGCAUCUCUUCUCUUUUUUUUCCCAUUUGCUUGUAUCUUAGACAGAAUGAUUCUUUUCUAAGUGUGAGUGCAUGCGUGCGUGUGUUCAUGUGUGAGGGGUGCUUCUUGGAACUUGUUUUCUGUCACCAGAGAAUUCAAGAAGCAGUUUAAGGAACCUGAAACUUCCGUUGAAGCUUAGAAUUUAACCUAGAAAAUGGAUGCUCUCAUAUGGCUUCACAAUGGCAAGCCUUGCACUAAAACUCCCAUAAGGAAAUAAAUAGAUACAACAGGAAGAAAACUCUUUUUUCCUAAGGCAAGGAAGCUAACACCUCAUGUAUUUUCAUUACUAUGUACAAAACUAUCAAUCUCUCAAUGAAAAGAAAGGACUGGUUCAUUUGUAAUUAUGUAACCAUGAUUGUACUAGCAUUGAGGUUCCGUGUACGCACAUGUACAGUAGCUAUUCAACACUUACAAUGUAGUUACAUGUACUCCCAUGUAACAUAGCAGUUAUAGUGUAAUUUAGUGCCACUUAUUGUAAAGUGUUACCGAAAGGAAAACAGUAGCGUUACCUUCGCUUUCUCUUUGAGGAGGAAGGUAACUUGUGAAGGCAACACCUUCGAUGGAUCGACAUUACGUUUCUUUAAGCAAGAGGUCAUGCAAAGCCUCACUUUGACACUGCAGCUUCCCCUUUCACGACACUCCGUACUUAGAGUCCUCCAAAUGUCCAAUAUUGUCGCUCUUUGCAAAUGGUAAUCCAUGAUGAACAUACCAAAAAAAUUCAGCAACGCCAGCUGAAGUGAGUAGAAACAUCAAAUGGAAAUUACUGAUGAGUAAUGCUUUUUAUUAAGUGGCACAAAGUACACACUAAAAACUAUGCAAAAAUAUAGGUAACUACAGUGUAUUUACAUGUAAGUAUCUUGUACUUGCUGUGUAUGGAUGUUGGAAACCCAUGUAAUUAUAAUAUGCAUUUUGAUUAUCCUUAAAGAGGAAAACAUACAGGAGAUAGAAUCAUUUGUUUUAAGGUUUUUGCAAUAUUUACCCUUAGUGCAAUAUCCUCGAUUACCUGGGAUCAUAAAUGUAGAAGCAAAAAUGCCAGAUUUGGCUUUCUUUUUUUCCCCCUCCUCUGAGGUUCACUAAAAAACGGAUCGCCAAUUUAAGGCUUAUAGUUUGUUCAUCACCACUGACCACAUACUGAAGCUAAGUGAGUAGGGAUAAAUAGCUUUCCUAUAGCUGGCUCAACAGCAUCCGAGUGCUAGCUUCCUUCCUUCAUGGAGCUUACCAUCAUUCUACUACAUACAAGGGGGAAGAAAUAUCCUGGAAUGUAUUGUCCAACCCUCUAACACUGGAAUAUCCUUACUUGUCUUGGAAUUUCCAUAUAUCUUUUCUUCAUGCUAAUUUGGCAUAUUUUUAUCAUCUAACUACAAAAUGCUUCCAUUGAGGUAUAGAGAUGCCUUCAAUACUUGGGGUAACUUUUUCUAAACAUUAAAUUUUAUAUAGUGACAUUUUCUUUUUCAAAUCACUUCUUUCCUUUCUCCUCCACCCUACUCUUAUACCCUUCCAAAGGUAAUGAAUUAUAAGUAGCAAGGUAGUGAAGAAUGACAAAAAAGGGAAAUGAAAAUAAUUAAAUUAGUUCAAAUGCUCUAUAUUAACAUUGUAUAUAGCUAUCUGUUUUCAUGUUGUCAGUAUUGAAUGCAAUAGAUAUUGGUUAUGACUGGUAAGUCUUGUGCUAUGUAUUCUUAAAAUGAUCCUUCUACCUCUCACUUUUAGCAAAGGCUAUAAGAUUACAAUAUAAAUAAAUGAAAAGAGGUAUUUAUAAGAUCUCCAAGGCACAUUCAGAAGGGAUUAUCACAACCAUCUUUCCAUUGUGAAAACCAAAAGCCAACUUCUUUGAUUGUGUUCAACAGAGAAUAGAUCUAUAUGUUUCUUUCUUUAACAUUAAAACUCCCCUAUAGGCAAAAUGAGAUAGUCACCUUUUCAAAUCGAAACACUUAUAUGCCUUUCAGUAUUUUGAGGACGAACGGCAGCACUUUGGAAUCCAACCUGGUAUUCUGCCUCAAGAAAAAAAUAAAUAUUAAAAAUUCUUGUGAAUUUUCUGAUUACAUAAAGCAAAAUGAAAUGGAUAAUUUAUUUUCCCAGUGAUUUUGAUGAAUGCAGACAACCAAUCGAAACAAUUCAAUCUCACCUUCUUGUACAUAUUAGUCUGAAUUUUCCAGAGAAUUGCCUCAAUUAUCCAUUUUAUUUUGCCCAUGUAACCACAGCUUGAAUGUCUUGAAUGAUGCCAUUUAAUUAUCCUUUAGGGGAAUACCAUUUUUAAAAGCACAGAUGUUCAUAUAGAAGGAAAAUAAUAUAAAAUUCACUCAGUUUUGUGGUAUUGGUGAAGCUCGUCAAAGAAGCUUAAAAGGAGAAAUAAAAAGAAGUUGAUUUUAUUCGAUGUCAGUAUAAUGCAUGUCACAUCGUGGCUAGUAUGUUCUCACACAUGCCACAAAUAAGUCAGCUAUGUAAAUCUUACUGUUCUCAGCAAGAAUGGGCCCAAAAGACAGGGGGAAACGGCAUCUUCUCCAUUAAGAUAGAUCCAGUCUUCUGGAAGAAAAAAUGAAAAUGCUUUGGAAAGGUUCCAGGUACAAAAGAUAAAUUCACCAGGGCUCAGCACUUAAGCACUUUCCCCACAUCCAGGGUCAAAGCAGCCUGAACUGCACCGACAAUUUCUUACACACAGUACUGUAAAAGCUCAGCUCCAUUCGUCACAAGCUUUCUCUUUUAAACGGGAACAUUGGACGAUUUUUGUUUCUAUUUUGAUGACAGAGAAAGUUUUGUAAACUAGACAUAUGUAGUAGUUGCAACAAGUGGUCUCAAGUCAGGGGACGGGGAAUCCCAUACGUCAGCUUGCUUGUCAUUUCUUCCCUCCCUCUACCCGCCAUGUUUUCUCCCUGUUUCUCCAAUGUAUUAGAAAAACCCAAUGGAUGGGGGGAGCAAAUGUUUUAGAAACUUUCGCAAAAUUUGUUUUCUCUUGAUUAUGUGUAUAAUUUGAAAAUGUUAUCCAAGUCCGUUUGCUGUAUCUAUUGUACCUGCUGUAUACGAAUAUGAUGAUGCGAUUUGGAAGUGACAUGAGGAUUGAGUUUGAGAUUGCUGACAGAUGUGCUUCAUAUUAAGUUCACUUAAAUGUUUGUGAAUUGGUUGUUGACUUUGACAUUUUACCAAAAGAAACCUCUUCUUAUACACCGUAAUGAUUUCAACCUAACCAGCGUUGGAAACAAGUCUGCCAUGCUAGGAUUCAGAUGUGUUACUGAAAGAGGUACAUCGUACCACUGUGGCCCACUAGCUAACUCGAAAACGAAAAGGUUCCACGUGUCUGGCUUACAGUUCAGAACAUUUGGAAGGGUAUACUUCUGACACUGUAAAAACCAAUUCCGUGUACGUAGGAUCCACAGGAAUUAAGCAUAUUGCACUGAAGAUAGAAACACAAUUGCUUAAUCUACUUUGUCAUUAGUAUUUUUAAACAAACAAAAUGCAUAUUGUAAUGUUAGGUACAUGACACUUGCAUGUUGAUAUGCCUAUAUACUUACAAAGUAUUCAAUGUGUACUUAGUGGCGCUUAAGAUAUGUCAUGUACAACUCUUAUAAACAUUCUUACAGGGUUCCCAUUUGCACUUCAUCUUUCAGUAAAGUCUUGUCAGAAAAAAAUGUCUGAUGAAUAUUAUUGAAAAAAUAAAAUUUGAAUUUUAGUUAUCUGUUGGACAUUA